CUGGCCUGCAGGACUCAGUCUCUCACCUUGUUUGAAGCUUUGUACCAUUGCCUUGUUCAUGUUCUUCCCUGGACUGAACAGCAAGGAAGGGUCUUGCUCCUGCCUAUGAGAGGUCUGGCUGCUUGUCUCGUCUCACAGGGUUUGCCUGUGGGUCCCAGGAUGGGGUUGUGAAGGCCCUUCCUUGGGGCAUGGAGGCAGCCCUGUAGCUCCUUGGUGCCCAAUGGCUGGCUGGAGCCCCCUUUCCCCCUGCGGGGUCCUGCUUCUCAUGGCUGCAAUGCUGUUCCUCCUGGAGUCCCCCCUGGGGCAAGGGAGGGAGGCCCCUGCCUCGCACAAUGGGGCCCUUGUGGGGGCACCUCCGCUCCCCUUGAUCCGGAUGCUGCUCAGCCAGGGGCCCCCCAAAGCCCGCCCUCUGGGGCGCCGCAGGAGGCAGGCAGGCCAGCAACCACUGCGCUACAUGAUGGACCUCUACCGGAGUGUGGCUGACCGGCACGGCCGGCCUCGCAGGGACCGCCGGAUGCCCACCAACACUGUGCGUCUGGUCCAGCCCUUUGCCAAGCACCACCAGCCAGGGACAGGUCCCUGGUUGGUCUGGACUCUGGACUACCGCUUGGAGGUCAAGCCGCAGGUGGAACAGUUGGUGCGGGUUGUGGCCAUCUAUUCUCGGACUCAGUUGUCCAAUGGCGGCCCUUUUGCCUGUGUGGUCGAGUUGCUCCGGGGACAACGCGCCUCCUCUCCCAGUCCGCUCAGCUUAGACUGGGUCCCCCCACAGGACCACCUGAAUGCGACCGUGGCCUCUCCGACCCAAGACAGCUGGGUGGAAAUGGACCUCUCUGCACACUUCCCAUUGUGGGGGUCCUGGGAUGCCCCUCAGAGCUGGGUCUUGCACCUGCGCCAUGCCUGUGCCUCCUCCUCCUCUUCUGCAGGGCGGCCCCUGGACCCUGCCGCCGUGUCUCUGGAUGACCCCUUCUUGUUGCUCUACCUCAAUGACACCCGGCAGGCCCUGCGGGCGGAGGGGGAAGAGGGCCCGAAUCCAGUCCUGGGCCUUUCCCCACUGAAGCCUGUUCGGGGAAGCCCCUUCCUCGUCCGCAGGGCCCGCCAAGCUGGCCGCUUGGCCCUCGACCUGCCCGGCUACUCUCGUCCCAGUGGCCCCAAGAGAAACGAGGAGUGCUCCCUGCGCCCCUUCCGGGUCAGCUUCAGCCAGUUGGGCUGGGACCACUGGAUCAUUGCCCCACACUUGUACUGGCCCCAGUUCUGCAAGGGAGGCUGCCCCCGGGUCCUGCGCCAGGGCUACCAUGCGCCCAACCAUGCCAUUGUCCAGAACUUCAUCAAUGAGCUGGUGGACUCCAGCGUGCCCCGGCCCUCCUGCGUGCCCUACGAGUACGGCCCCAUCAGUGUCCUCAUGAUUGAGCCCAACAAUGACAUUCUCUACAAGGUCUAUGACAACAUGGUCGCCAAGUCCUGCACCUGCCGCUGAGCUGGGCCUGGAGCGGGCAGAAUGGGACGUCCGUCGGAGUCCUGGCUCAUCCUCCAGCCUUGAUGUUCUCCACUUGCUGGCUCUGCUCACCUUGGAGGACCAUCUCCCCUGAGUCCCCUUUCUGUCCCCUACUAAGAGAUGGUCUGAAUUUUAAUGAAACUGGACUCCUGUUCAUCUGACUCCUGAUGCCUUCCCUCCGCACAGGACAUGCAAACACGGACUGUUUUAGCCCGGGACUUUUAUGCAUUGAAUGCUAAUAUGGUCCACUUUGUUUUCUCCUUGGAAAAAGAAAGAAGGGACACCUGACGGGCUCCUAGGACAGUUUUCUUUAGGUCCUGAUGUGGGUUUGGUGCAAGAGGAGGAGGACAAUGAAGGAAGUUCAGUCACUGCAAGGAGAGGCAGGGUUUGCUUUGCAAUCCUUUGAAAACUCUCCCUAAGAACCAGACUCAGUCCUGUUUCUCAUACCAGUGUGUCAACCCUCCCCAUUUUGGAAAGCAGAAGGGUGCAUGGGGGUCACAGGAAAGCACUGCUUGCAUGUGUGGGGUCUUAAUAAGAAGGCCUUAGGCCUCUGCUUUGGCACAAAGGCAGCCCAAUACCUUGAAUCUGUUGGGAAGAGAGAUGGAUGGUGUGAACUCCAGAGGAGCUGAUGAGGGCUUCCUGGGACAAUCACACAGUGAGUUGGUGUUUUGUGCUUUGGUCCAAGCCAGGCCUCCUGGUCUGCAGUGGGGCUCCUCUGUCUUUGUGCUGCUUCUGCUGGGAAGUGGCCUAGGGCUUGAUCCUCUUUUCUCUCUCUCUGGCACAGUGUCCGCUUCUCCGCACUCUGUUUGCCUUCCUUGUGGUCAUUUGCUGCCUUUGUGUAUCCUUCUCACGAUGCAAAUAAAAGCACAUUGCCAUUGGCACCUGCAAUUUUGGGAGACCCGGUAAGUUUGAUGGUUUUUAAUGCUUCUUGUAAUAAACAAUACAAUAUCUGGACAUUUUAAGAGGAAGUAGACUGGGUGGAGGAGAGGGUGGCUAAGUGGAGUGUCCCACGCUUAUUCUGGCCCCAUAUGGUUGCCCUGGAUGGGUAUGCUGCUUGUCUAUGGAUGUCUAUGGGGCAAGGGGGUUAGCUUUGCAUUGCCUUGCCUGAGGGUUUUGCCACUGGACUCUUCUCCCACAAAACCACCCUUUCCCACCGAAGGGAGCACUUUAUAGGUUGUCUCCAGAGGUAGGCUUUCUCCUCCUUGCUCUGAAUACUUUUCAUUUUGGCCCCAAUCUAUCCAUCUAUUCUCUCCCCUCCUCGGCUGGUGCGCUGUUAUCUCCUGCUCUGAAUCGAUUGUCAAGAAACUGGGUUACAUUUCUAUUCAUGACCUGGUGUAUUGAAAAGAGAUUGUGUAAAUAAACCUG